AAAUACUCAAACAAUCCCCAGCUGCGGGCAGUUGGAGCAUCAGCUGCGUGCUUGAAGGCACCGGUCAGACAGUAGUAGGUGAGCAGCCACCCGGGACCUGCUUCCAUUUUUCCUGACACUUGGCUUUUGAAAGAGAGGGAACCAAGCGGGGAAAAGUAGGAUGGGGGCCGGAGCCAGCGCCGAAGAGAAACGCUCCAGGGAGUUGGAGAAGAAGCUGAAGGAGGAUGCAGACAAGGAUGCAAGAACUGUGAAGCUGCUACUACUAGGGGCUGGAGAAUCAGGCAAGAGCACCAUUGUCAAACAGAUGAAAAUUAUCCAUAAGGAUGGUUACUCGCUUGAAGAAUGCUUGGAGUUCAUCACCAUCAUUUACAGCAACACUCUGCAGUCCAUAAUGGCAAUCGUGAAGGCUAUGAGCACUCUUAACAUUAACUUUGGCCACUCUGAUCAGCAGGAUGAUGCCAGGAAACUGAUGCAUCUUGCAGAUACCAUUGAGGAAGGAACGAUGCCCAAAGAACUGUCAGACAUCAUCCUGCGUCUGUGGAAGGAUUCUGGCAUCCAGGCUUGCUUUGACAGAGCCUCAGAGUAUCAACUCAAUGACUCAGCUGGAUACUACCUUGAUGACCUGGAGCGACUGGUUCAACCAGGCUAUGUGCCCACUGAGCAGGAUGUGCUACGUUCAAGAGUGAAAACCACUGGUAUCAUUGAGACCCAGUUCUCCCUCAAAGAUCUAAACUUCAGAAUGUUUGAUGUUGGCGGCCAGAGGUCAGAGAGGAAAAAGUGGAUUCAUUGUUUUGAAGGCGUCACCUGUAUCAUCUUCAUUGCUGCUUUGAGCGCCUAUGACAUGGUGUUGGUGGAGGAUGACGAAGUGAACCGGAUGCACGAGAGUCUGCACUUGUUCAACAGUAUCUGCAACCACCGCUACUUUGCAGCCACCUCCAUUGUGCUCUUCCUCAACAAGAAGGAUGUGUUCAUUGAGAAGAUCAAGAAAGCUCAUCUCAGCAUGUGCUUCCCAGAGUAUGAUGGCCCCAACACUUAUGAGGAUGCUGGUAACUACAUCAAAAUGCAGUUCCUGGACCUGAACAUGCGCAGAGACAUCAAAGAAAUCUACUCGCACAUGACCUGUGCUACAGACACAGAAAACGUCAAGUUUGUGUUUGAUGCUGUAACCGACAUCAUCAUCAAAGAAAACCUGAAAGACUGCGGUCUCUUCUGAGAGCCCAGCCAGGAAAUCAAAUUAAGUGUAGUGUCUUAGCCCUGUCACAUUCCACAGAGUCCUCCACAAUUUAAACAUGGGGAAUGAAGAAUGAAACUGUCCCAGCAAAGAGCCAUCCUAAAACCAGUGAAUGCACAACAAAAAUAAAAUUACAUUUGCUGUGUUAAAAAUCAAACCUGCAGCUUUGACCAAAGACUCCUUGUCACUGAGACAUGGAACGAAUCCUGUGCAGAUCUCAAGAGGGUUGCUUUAUUUUUAUUUAUUUAUUUAUUUAUUUAUUUAUUUAUUUUUUUGGAUCAAACCUUUCUCCUAAAUUCAUCUUUGGAGGGCAAUGCAAUCUUUAGCUUUUGUCUGCAUAAACAGAUUUCUUUUCAGAUCUACUCCUAUCAAUAGAUGCAGUGUCUCUGAGCUCAAGUAAUCAAGCAGCAUACAAUCAAUCAAAGGGCUAAUUAAAUGGUCUCACCACCUGCAAAUGCACUUCAGCAUCAGUUAGACUUUAAGAUGAAUUUUCACUAGAAAAAGCGUUUUAUAAAAAAUACAAAACAACACAGUUUGUAACACAAGAAGUUUAUCAUUUUAACUUCUGAGGGAAGUGUUAGCUUCUUUUUGUUGUUGUAGAGGUUGAAAAGGGCCAUUGUAUAUAAUUACUCAGAUUUCUAAUGGUGUGUCAUUAUACUCUGUAAAUCAAUAUACUGUUAAGUUAGAGAUUAAUUUAACUCCAAUUUGAAGUUCCCUGUUUAAAGCAUUUGAGUCAAUUUAUCUGUACUAAAAUCCAGAGAAAACCAGAAAUGUACAAGUUUGAUUAAACUUAUUAAAGCUUCUGUAGAAAACUCA